CCCAGGCUAGCUUCAAAGUGUGAUCCUGUAUCUCAGCUUCCUGAGUAACUAGAUUACAGGUAUAAGCAAUGGGUACCUAGCUGCAACUUCUUAAUCUAAGCCUUAGUUUACUGUUUUGUAAAAUGAAGGUAUCUACCCAAUCAGGCUAUUUAUGAGGACCUUGUGAGAUGGUUCAAGGAAGCAGCUAGUACCGUAGUCAGCACCCUACCUGCAUUAACAUACACUUGUUUGUCAUUUACCAGUAUUAUCAACCAACAAUUAGAAUAAUUUCAUAGUUUGUAAUAUAACUUAGACAUUUCCUGGCAAUCUUGGGAAUGGGCUGAGAAGCCUUUGGGUGGCACAGACUGGAGGAACCAAAAAAGGUACCUCUCCAGGCUCACCAGGAGCUGGACCCAGGCAAGUUGGGAGUGGGGUACCCGGGAGGCAGAGCCUAGAAGAAGAGGCCCAAUCAGGAGAGCAAGGGAACGCAUGUGACACCUCAGAGGAGAGAAGGAGCCGCCUGGAGAGGCAGCCCCAGCCUCUGGGUGGUGACUGCUUCCUGUUGGGUCAAGCGCUUGAGAAAGACUGGCUCUCACUGGCUGUUUAAGGAGGAGCUGCUGGUCGAAGUGGGGUGCUAGAGGACCAGAGAAGGAGAAGAGAGGGCAGCAGACACUCGCAGCCUAAAAUUGUCAUUUGGGCUUCCAAAUCUUGUCCUGCUCAGGGUGUUUUUCCUUAUGAUAGAAAAGAUUGUGAUUAGACUUCAUGGUGAACUUCCUGUCUGAGGUACUGGAACAGAGGAGUUGCGAAUGGGACCCAGGUGAGCCCACGUGCCCACUGCCCUAGUCCCCUUGGCACAGGCUGCCCUGCUCUCCGUGCAGACGCGCCCGGCCCUCAGCCUCAGCCCAUGGACUUGAGGGUGGGCCAGAGGCCCCCAGUGGAGCCCCCUCCUGAGCCCACACUGCUGGCCCUGCAGCAUCCCCAGCGCCUCCAUCGCCACCUCUUCCUAGCAGGCCUUCAGCAGCAGCAGCAGCAGCAGCAACAACAGCAGCGGUCGGCCGAGCCCAUGAGGCUCUCUAUGGACCCGCCAAUGCCUGAGCUGCAAGGGCAGCAAGAACAAGAGCUACGGCAGCUUCUCAAUAAGGACAAGAGCAAGCGAAGCGCUGUAGCCAGCAGUGUGGUCAAGCAGAAGCUGGCCGAGGUGAUCCUGAAGAAACAGCAGGCAGCCCUGGGAAGGACAGGCCAUUCCAAUAGUCCCAGCAUUCCUUACAGAACCCUGGAGCCCUUGGACACGGAAGGAGCUGCUCGAUCCAUGCUCAGUAGCUUUCUGCCUCCUGUUUCCAGCCUACCCAGUGAACCCCCAGAACACUUCCCCCUGCGUAAGACAGUGUCUGAGCCCAACUUGAAGCUGCGCUACAAGCCCAAGAAGUCUCUGGAGCGACGUAAGAACCCACUGCUCCGCAAGGAGAGUGCCCCCCCGAGCCUCCGGAGAAGACCUGCAGAAACUCUUGGAGACUCCUCCCCCAGUAGUAGCAGCACACCUGCAUCGGGGUGCAGCUCCCCUAAUGACAGCGAGCAUGGUCCCACCCCUGUCCUGGGCUCAGAGGCGCUCUUGGGCCAGCGGCUGCGGCUGCAGGAGACUUCUCUGGCCCCGUUUGCCUUGCCGACAGUGUCCUUGUUGCCUGCAAUCACGCUGGGGCUGCCCGCCCCUGCCAGGGCUGAUGGUGACCGCAGGACCCAUUCGACUCUGGGCCCUCGAGGUCCAGUCUUGGGGAGCCCCCAUGCUCCCCUCUUCCUGCACCAUGGACUGGAGCCCGAGGUUGGGGGCACCCUGCCCUCUUGCCUGCAGCCCAUUCUCCUCCUGGAUCCUUCAGUCUCUCACACCCACCUGCUAACUAUGCCCGGACUUGGGCCCCUGCCCUUCCACUUUGCCCAGUCCUUACUGACCACGGAACGGCUUUCUGGCUCGGGCCUCCACCGGCCACUGGGCCGGACCCGCUCAGAGCCCCUGCCCCCUAGUGCCCACCCAUUGUUGGGACCUCUGCAGCCACAUCCGGAACGGCUCAAACCUGAUGUCCAGAUGAUCAAGAGACCAGCCAAGCCCAGCGAGAAGCCCCGACUACGACAGAUCCCCUCGGCUGAGGACCUAGAAACAGAUGGUGGGGGAAUGGGGCAGGUGGUGGACGACAGCCUGGAAUUCAGGGAUCCAAACCAUGGGCAGCCUGAAGGCAGAGGCCCUGUUCCUCUCCAGCAGCAUCAGCAGGCAUUGCUGUGGGAACAUCAGCGGCUGCCUGGGAAGCCUUCCCGGGGGAGCACUGGCGACUCCGUGCUUCUUCCUGUGGGCCAGGGAGGACACCGACUCCUGUCCAGGACUCAGUCUUCCCCAGCUGCACCUGCUUCACUGCUGACCCCAGAGCCCGCUGGACAGGCUGGAGUGCUCCCCAGCUCAGAGACCCCCCCCAGGACGCUGCCCUUCACCACAGGGCUAGUCUACGACUCCGUCAUGCUGAAGCACCAGUGCUCCUGCGGAGAAAACAGCAGACACCCGGAGCAUGCAGGCCGCAUCCAGAGCAUCUGGUCACGGCUGCAGGAGCGAGGUCUCCGAAGCCAGUGUGAGUGUCUCCGAGGUCGCAAAGCCUCCUUGGAGGAGCUACAGUCGGUCCACUCAGAGCGGCACGUGCUCCUCUAUGGCACCAACCCACUCAGCCGCCUCAAACUGGAUAAUCGGAAGCUGUCAGGGCUCCUAGCACAGCAGAUGUUCGUGAUGCUGCCCUGUGGUGCGGUUGGGGUGGACACUGACACCAUCUGGAACGAGCUGCAUUCCUCCAAUGCAGCCCGCUGGGCCGCGGGCAGUGUCACUGACCUCGCCUUCAAAGUGGCUGCUCGAGAGCUGAAGAAUGGUUUUGCUGUGGUGCGGCCUCCCGGACACCAUGCAGAUCAUUCCACGGCCAUGGGCUUCUGCUUCUUCAACUCGGUGGCUAUCGCCUGCCGGCAGCUGCAACAGCAGGGCAAAGCCCGCAGGAUCCUCAUUGUAGACUGGGAUGUUCACCAUGGCAACGGCACCCAACAGACCUUCUACCAGGACCCCAAUGUGCUCUACAUCUCCCUGCAUCGCCAUGACGAUGGCAACUUCUUCCCUGGCAGUGGGGCCGCGGAUGAGGUAGGGACUGGCAGUGGUGAGGGCUUCAAUGUCAAUGUGGCCUGGGCCGGGGGCCUGGACCCCCCUAUGGGGGACCCUGAGUAUCUAGCCGCUUUCAGGUUAGUGGUGAUGCCCAUCGCCCGAGAGUUCUCUCCCGAUCUGGUCCUGGUGUCCGCUGGGUUUGAUGCCGCUGAGGGUCACCCAGCCCCGCUGGGUGGCUACCAUGUUUCUGCCAAAUGCUUUGGGUACAUGACGCAGCAGCUGAUGAACUUGGCAGGAGGUGCAGUGGUGUUGGCCUUGGAGGGUGGACAUGACCUCACAGCCAUCUGUGAUGCAUCCGAGGCCUGUGUGGCUGCCCUUCUGGGCAACAAGGUGGAUCCCCUUUCAGAAGAAGGCUGGAAGCAUAAGCCCAACCUCAACGCCAUUCGCUCUCUGGAAGCCGUGAUCCGAGUGCACAGUAAAUACUGGGGUUGCAUGCAGCGCUUGGCUUCCUGUCCAGAUUCCUGGUGGCCCAGGGUUCCAGGGGCUGAUGCAGAAGUGGAAGCCGUGACGGCACUGGCAUCCCUCUCCGUGGGCAUCCUCACAGAAGACAGGCCCUCCGAGCAGCUGGUGGAGGAGGAAGAACCUAUGAAUCUCUAGGCUUCAGAGUCGUCAGCCUGCUCUUCGCACUCAGCUCUCUUCACUUCUGCUACCAGCCCUGUUUCCGGGUCUUCAAAGAUCUUGUGGGCAGGUAGUCAGGACCAGAGACCAGACUGCCUUGACAGUCACCCAGGGAGCUUGAGGAGACCCCUAGCUCUGGGAUGGUGGUCAGAAAGGGCCCCGAGAGGAGGCAGGCUGGGCAGCAGGCCCCAGAAAGGCCUUCUCCAGAACAGAAUGUCCCCUCCCACGUUGAGGCUCCUCGCUGUGGCCUCCAUCCCUCAGGACUAACCGAGGACUGGCUCAGGUGGGCUCACCUUUAACCACUAUUCUUGGCUCUGCAGACCCAUAGACGUUGCACACAGCCCCAGGCUCCACGCAGAAAUGUGAACAUGGCCUCAGCCAGUGGGGCCCUUCUUGGGUUUGGGGGGACUAGGGGAGCAGGAGAGGAGACAAGGGGUCGGGGAGGUCCUCCUGUCACCUGCUUCCUCAGAUGCCUCUAGAAGCUUCCCUACACCACUGGGCCCUGAGCCGCUCUGUCACUGUGAGAACAGUUACCUGUAGGCCUCCCAUCGGGUCACUGCCUGCUGGGGACACCCGCCCCCCCCCACCUUGUGGACCAUCUCAGUGCCCUGGUGUAGACAGGUGCUUCCUGACCCACGGUGCCAAACCUUCAUCUCCCCGUCAGAAGCACAGCAUGAUGCCCCACCCCCACCCCCGGGGAUCCCUGGUCACUGUUCGUCCCCCCUCCAUCAACCUUCUGUUUUCUGGGGUCUCCCCCAUUCCAGCUGACUUCUGCCCCACAUAGGACUAGCUUGGCUGAGGGGAAGAGGGUGGGUGAGUAGAACAGAUGUGGGGGAGGGGAGGCUGCCCCCACAAAGUCUUCAAGGUUUGGGAGUCCAGAACCUAGGGCCAAGAAGAGUGUGCGUGCGUGUGUGUGUGUGUGUGUGUGUGUGCGCGCGCGUGCAUGGGAGAAUGUGUGCAUGUGUGUGUCUCCCUCAGGACCCACAAUACCUUGUGUAUGUAUGCAUGUUUUUGUAAAAAAGAAAAAAGCAGAAAAAAUCUGAACAAUAAAUGUUUUAUUUGCUUUAAUGUCUCUGUGAAAGUGUUU